GAUCGACCAAUAAGAAGAUAGUUUGCUUAUCUAAGAAAUACGUCAUCGUGUAUACACGUUAUAUCUCAUCGGUCAUAUGUAGUGUUUUUUCUUGUUGAAGAUAGUAUUCGGUCAGUGUUUCGUGAGAACAGAUGUUGUUCGUACGUUAGUAAAAAUAUAGUAAAGGAAGAAAUCUUUUUUAAAAAAAUUAAGUGUUUUAUAUAUAUAUAAUUAAUAAUAAGAUAUUAAAAAAGAGUUUAGUAGUAAACGCAGUGCCUUCAACAACAUUGUCUUCCUCAUUGUUAUUAUUAUUAUUAUAUUUGUAAUAAUAAUUAGUCAGUGAAAACAAAUUCUAAAUAGAUUAGACAAAAUGAAUUUAUCAUUCGCUGGUUGUGGUUUCCUUAGUAUUUACCAUGUUGGCGUAUCUGUAUGCUUUAAAAAAUAUGCACCCCAUUUACUGUUGGAUAAAAUUAGUGGAGCAUCCGCUGGUGCUAUCGCUGCCUGCUGUCUUCUUUGUGACUUACCCCUCGGUGAAAUGACAAGUAAUGUUUUACGUGUAGCACAAGAAGCCAGACAGCAUACACUUGGUCCAUUUAGUCCAUCUUUCAAUGUACACGAAAUAUUAUUGGAAAGUUUACAAAAGUUUCUACCAGAAGAUGCACACAUUCGUGUAAGUGGUAAAUUACACAUUUCAUUGACCAGGGUAUACGAUGGCAAAAAUGUGAUCGUUUCGCAGUAUAAUUCAAGAGAAGAUUUACUUCAGGCACUAUUAGCCUCCUCAUUUAUACCAUUCUUUUCUGGUAUAUUACCACCAAGGUUUCGUGGGAUUAGAUGCAUAGAUGGUGGUUUCAGCGAUAAUCUUCCACUUCUAAAUGAAAAUACAAUUACAGUUAGUCCAUUUUGUGGGGAAAGUGAUAUUUGUCCUAGAGAUACGUCGUCUCAAUUGUUUCACGUAAUGGUGUCAAACACAAGUAUAGAACUUUCAAGAGAAAAUUUCUACAGAUUUCCUAGAAUACUUUUUCCACCAAAUCCAAAAACUUUAUCCAAUAUGUGUAAGCAAGGAUUUGAUGACGCUUUAAGAUUUUUACAUCGAAACAAUUUAAUUAAUUGUACUAGGUGCCUUUCUGUACAAUCUACGUUUGUUAUAUCGCAAACGUUAGAUGAGAGUAUUGUAUAUGAUCCAGAAUGUUCAGAAUGCAAAAUACAUAGACAGGAAGCAUUGGUAGCUAAUUUACCGGAAACCGUUUUGACCAUAUUCCAAGAUGCCAUUGAUUCAGCGAAUAAAGGUCUCGUCAAUUGGUUGUUUAAACAUAAAAGUAUGAAAUUACUUUCUAUGCUUAGCUUGCCUUAUACAUUACCAGCAGAUAUAGUUUAUGCAACAUUUACAAAUUUCAUUGGUAACAAAAUAGAAACUUAUAAUGUGGAAUAUAAAAUAGUUGGAAAUGUAAUUCGCACACCUCAGCGUGCAUUGAGUUGUGCUAGACAUAUUAGAUCUUCAAGGUUUAUAUUAAACAUUCCAAAAUUACGAAAUAAUCUUGAAGAAGCGAUUAGAUAUUUCAUGGAACAAUUGAGUUACAUAUUCCCAAAAGUCAACAUAUAUUAUCAACCAAUACCUCAGACAAUCAAUUGUCAAUUUGAUAUUACAGAAUAUGAAUCUAAUAUUUAUGAUAAAACAUCGGAAAACAAUGAUGCAUUGUGCAAAACUUCUAAGAAUUUGAAUUUGAUGCUACAAUAUAAUGAAUUACAAACUUGGGAAGAAUAUAAUAAUAAAACUAAUUAUGUUAUCGGAUCGAUGGAUGAUAGUUUGGAAAAUUUAUCACAAGUGACUGCGGAUCAAGAAGCAGUAAUAGCUUAUUAUUACAUGGACGGAAACAAUAAAGUACAAUUAACUGAAAUAUUUGACGUUACUGAUGCAGACUCUCAUGGAAUAUUAUCCAUCGAUGAAGUUGAGAACAAUACAAAGUUACAAUUUGAUGAAUGGGAUGAACCUACUUGGAUAUCGCAACAUACCUUAAAUGACGUUACAACGGAAUCUCUAUAUACCGAUGGAAAUCAACAAAGUUUAGAAAAUUUGUCCGAUAUAUUAUUAGACGACGAUAUAUUGGACAAUUCUAAUAUUAUGUCGGAUCCUGAAAGUGAAUGGGGAAUGGAAAACAGUAAACAAGAAGAACAACAAUUGGAUAAUUGUCCUGAUAGUAGACCAGAAGUAGAUCAACCAUCAUUAGUAUAAUUGAUUACAAAAUAUGAGUUAGAUACAGUACUUCCUUGCAAGUGCAUUAUCAUUUGAAAUUUCAAACACGGAUUACUGCUAUUGCCAUCUUUGAUGAAACAGCGAGAACUUAUUCAAGGUCCUAAUUAUUUAAUUCUUUUAUUACAUACAGAAAGAUUUUAUACUAAAAUGGAGUAAUAAUUCGUCAUUUUCACUUUGAUAUUAGUUAAUUUAGCUUUUUAUAUUAGAAAUAUAGAAUUAAGUAUAAUUAUUUAAUUAAUUUUAAAUCGAUAUA